UUGUUGAAGUUCUACGCCUACGAUGACGCGAUUUUUCUAGCCGAAUUGAAUUUCGAGAAAGGUUGGGGCUUUUAGAAGGUUCCUAGGAGAAAAAUCAAUAUUUUUUGCAGAAAAUUCGGAUGAAUCGCUUUAUCUAUUUGCUGAUUGUCUAAUCCGAAGCAACAAAAAAGAGGAAUGUUACGGUCUGCUGAAAACUCGUGUAGAAAUGCCGCCAAAACUUCGCUACAUUUUCGCCAAAUGCUGUUUUGAUUUGUCGAAAAUGGAGGAUUGUCAAAAUGCACUUUUUGAACAAGAAUCUGGUGAAAUUCGCGCGGAACUAUUGGAAGACGAGGAAGUUGCACCACAUGCUCGUUUUUUGUAUUCUGCGUUGCUAUGGUGAGACUGAAAGUGCUGACAAAUUGUAGUUUUAUUGAGAAAAUGAUGAUUUUUUGGGAUUUUUGUUCAAAGUUCAUCCCAAAACCCUAAAUUUUUGCAGCGAAGAAGCUCAUCCAGAAGAUGCGGUGUCAGAAUGCGAAACAAUUCUACAAAAUCGUAUUUUGAUGUGGAGUGUGAUUAGUAGUUAUGUCAAAUAUGGCGGGAAGAAUCUGGAAUCUUUUAUAAGUGAACAUCGAAAGAAGAUUUAUGAGAAUUCGAAGAUUUUGGUGACAAAUGAAGAGGAAUUGGUGAAUAGUGAGUUUUUUUUUGAAUUGACACCUCGAAAUUCAGAAUCCUCAUGAAAUUUCGCUUUGAAAGACACCCAACAUGAAUAUAAUCUGAGGAAUUUGAAAAUUAUGGGUUGCUGCGCAGCUUAUAGAGUAGUGGAUACGGAGUUUCCUCAUUUUCUCUGAAAUUACAGCUCCUAUCGUAAUUUUUUGCGCCGAAAACGAUGAAAAUAUAGGUUUUCCUCAAUUUUCCCUUUCAGAACCAUCUGCAUCUUCUUCUUCAACUUCUCAAACAACAACUCUAACACCAAGAAAAAGUUCGCGAAUUUCUGAGCAAAAUUCGAAAAAAGUAUCGGCUAGACAAGCUGCGACUCCAGCGAAAACAGUUUCGACAAAUGUCACUAGAACUACACAAAGUUCAAGAAAUCGAAGGUGAGAGAGUGAUUUUGGGAUGAAAAAUGGGAGAAGUCUGGAAUUUUGAGCUAUGGAGCUCCAGAAACUGAUUUUUAGCUCGAAAAUUGGUCCCAGCGGUCAUUUUUGACAUAAAAUUCGAAUUUGGGGUCAAAAUUGAGCUCAGGAGCUCCUGAAAACGAUUUUUUGCUCGAAAAUUGACCUCAGAGCUCAUUUUCAACCUCAAAUUCAAAUUUUCGCUCAUAAUCAAGCUCAGGAGCUCCUGAAACUCAAUUUUAUUGUUAGCUUGAAAAUUGGUCCCAGGGGUCAUUUUUGACAUAAAAUUCAGAGUUUGGCUCAAAAUUGAACUCAUUGGCUCCUGAAAUCGAUUUUUAGCUCCAAAAUUGGUCCCAGGAUCAAGGUUUGAUAUAAAAUUCGAAUUUGGGGCUCAAAAUCAAGCUCCAAAACUACUUGAAUUGAUUUUUAGCUUAAAACUUGACCCAAGAACUCAUUUUGAGCCUGUUAUUCAAAUUUUUGCUCAAAAUCUAGCUCCAAAACUUCUGAAAUUGAUUUUUAGCUCGAAAAUUGGCCCCAUGGGUCAUUUUUGACAUAAAAUUCAGAGUUUGGCUCAAAAUUGAACUCAUUGGCUCCUGAAAUCGAUUUUUAGCUCCAAAAUUGGUCCCAGGAUCAAGGUUUGAUAUAAAAUUCGAAUUUGGGGCUCAAAAUCAAGCUCCAAAACUACUGGAAUUGAUUUUUAGCUUAAAACUUGACCCAAGAACUCAUUUUGAGCCUGUUAUUCAAAUUUUUGCUCAAAAUCUAGCUCCAAAACUUCUGAAAUUGAUUUUUAGCUCGAAAAUUGGUCCCGCAGGUCAUUUUUGACAUAAAAUUCAGAGUUUGGCUCAAAAUUAAGCUCAUUGGCUCCUGAAAUCGAUUUUUAGCUUAAAAAUUGACCUCAGAGCUCAUUUUUGACAGAAAACUUGACUUUUGCUCAAAAUCAAGCUUGAAAGCUAGAAAAAUCCCAAAAUUCUGACCUAAAAUGUCAAUUUUUCCAGCAAUGUUCUAUCAAGUGAUACUGAAAAUGUGCACAUGCCCAGAACUCGAGGAUCCACAAUUUCUUCAACAAAUCGAGCAGCUGGAGCUAUUCCAAAGGUGAGAUUUUUGCUGAAAAUCGGCUGAAAAUCAGUUUUCUGAUGAUUUUUAGCCAAAAAAAAACCCUAUUUUUCAGACACAUCCAACUCGUUCUUCAACCCGAAAUUCUGACGUGGCAAAAAUGCUGAAAUCUCCAUCGCUGAGAAAAAGAGAUGUUAUCAAACAACCGCUGAGUUCGCGCAACUCGAAUUUGGUUCGAAGUUUGUCCGGAUCGACGAAUUCGGUAAGGAAUUCUGAUCAUUUUGAGACUAAAUUCGAUCUGGGAUACUGUAGAUUGAAUUCUGCACAUUUUGAAUAUAAAUAUGGCUGGUAUACUGUAGAUUUUGGGUAAUUUCAACUAGACUGUAGUUUUAGGAAUUCAUUUCAGCCGGAUUUUAAGCCCAAAACCCAUAUUUUUCCAGAUUUCCUCGAUUUCCGAUGAAAAACAGGAAAGUCUUGAAAUUCUUCAAUUCUGCUCUUCGUCUUCAAGUUCUUCAACAUCACAAAAUCCAUCAGAAUCUGCUGAAAAUGCUGCUGAAAAUCCCAUGGAUCCAUCUCAAAAUUCAGCUUCUUCUUCAUCUUCUUCCCCAUCAAAUUCCGCAUCUUCUUCAGAAUAUUCCAAAGAAUAUCGACAAUUUUUCGAAAUGUUUGCAAAUUUGGCGUUGAUCGAAGAAUCUGUGGGACAUUUCAAUUGGAAAAAAACCGAUAAACUUUUUCUCGAAAAUGGAUCGAAAAGUGAUUGCGAAUUCGUCGAUGGCUAGAUUAUUAUUGGGACGAACUUGUUUUGAACAAGGAGAAUAUGGAGAGUGUCGGACGAUUUUAGAUGAAUUGCAUAAGAGAAGGCCGUGGAGAGUUGAGGUAACUUUGAGGGUGAAAAUGGGUGAAAAAUGAAGGAUUUUAGGCGAAAAAUCAUGGAAAAAUUGAAAUUUUCAAGUUUUUAACCUGAAAUCCAUGGUUCCAAGGUAGAAAUCGAUGAAAAUUGACCUGGAAAUGAUUAAAAUGAAGGUUUUCAUGCUAAAAAUCAUCAAAAAUGAUGGGGAUUUUUGGUCUUCUGAAAAAAAAUCAGCUAAAAUUUAGAGUAACCUAAAAAUUUGAGAAAAAUCGAUAUUUUCACCCUAAGGGAACCAUUUUUAGGCUGAAAAUAUUGAUUUUUUUUUCAUAAAAUGCUGAAAAUUUGGAAUUUCUAUCUGGAUUUUCCAAAUUUUCACCAGAAAUUGCUCUGAAAAUCGCCGAAUCUGAAAUUUCCCAUAAAAAUUGAUUGAAAAUCGAGGUUUUAUGGAAAAUUUCAAGAUUCCGCACAGGGGAACCUAUCGCCAAUUUUUUUCGAGCAAAGCGAGUGUAGACCGCAAGAUUCCGCGUAAACGGUACUAUCUUCCGCGCAGCGGCCACGUGGAUUACUAUGGUAUGGUAAACGUCAUAGAAAUCCGCGUGGGUGCUAAAGAGGAAGUUUCCGGUCUACACUCGCUCCGCUCGAAUUUUCACCAGAAAUUGCUCUGAAAAUCGCCGGAUCUGAAAUUUCCCAUAAAAAUUGAUUGAAAAUCGAGGUUUUAUGGAAAAUUUCAAGAUUCCGCACAGGGGAACCUAUCGCCAAUUUUUUUUCGAGUGUAAACCGCAAGCUUCCGCGAAGCGGCCAAGUUAUCCUAUCUUCCCCAAAACCUUGCCCAUAAUCCCUAAUUUUGCAGGGAACCGAACUGCUCUCAACAUCAUUAUGGCAUUUACAAGAUACACAUGGUCUAUCAGCUUUGGCUCAAACUCUAACUUCUGAAAAUCGAGAACGAGCUGAAAGUUGGUGUGCAGCUGGUAAUUGUUUUUCUCUCCAAAGACAACAUUCUCAAGCAAUUGAAUGUAUGGAAAGAGCUAUACAAUUAGAUAAAAGAUUUGCGUAUGCUUAUACAUUAUUAGCACAUGAAUUGAUUGUACAAGAUGAGCUGGAUAAAGCUGCGGGAGCUUUUAAGUGAGUUUUUCGGGAAAAUCCGAUUUUCCAUGAGAUUUUUCAUGAAAAAUGGACUUAGGAGGUUUUUUUCCACACGUUUUUAGGUUCUGAAUGAGCUUUUUGAACAAAAAACUUGAUUUUUAGUCUAUGAAGACAUUUUUAUUUGAAAAAAAAGUGAUUUUUAACUUCAAAGAAUAAGUAAAAUUCAAUUUUUUUGCUCAAUAUUGUGAAAAAAGUUUGAAAAUCUUAAGUUUUUGAUGAAAAAAUUGGAUUUCCCCCGAAUUUUUCAUAAAAAAUCCCAAAUUUUCGCUCUUCCAAAAGAAAUUGCUCAAAAAAUUAUUUGAAAAAAAGAGAAAAAUCGAUAUUUUCACCCUAGAGGAACCAUUUUUAGGCUGAAAAUAUUGAUUUUUAAAAUAAAAUGCUGAAAAUUUGGAAUUUCUAUCUGGAUUUACCAAAUUUUCACCAGAAUUUGCUCUGAAACCCGCCGAAUCUGAAAUUUUCCAUAAAAAUUGAUUGAAAAAUCGAGGUUUUAUGGAAAAUUUCAGAUUCCGCACAGGGGAACCUAUCGCCAAUUUUUUAAUUCGAGCUGGAGCGAGCUUCCAAAAUUCGAAUUAACAUGAGCAAUGUUUUCCAAAGAAAACAUCUAGAUUUUCAAAGGAAAUCCAGAUUCAAAAAAAUGCAGUAAAAAUUUUCAAAAACCCUUUUUCCUCUCUCUCCAAAAUUCCGAUUUUUCUUUUCAAAAAAUAAUUUUUUAAAAAGAAAAAUCGAUUUUUUACUGAAUAAAGACUGAAAAUGCAAGAUUUUCCAUAUCAUAUUUUGUCUGUUUCAGAUCAGCUCUCCUUCUAUCACCCCGUGAUUAUCGUGCUUGGUAUGGUUUGGGCUUGGUUCAUCUGAAAAAAGAGCAAAAUAGUGUGGCUCAAACGAAUAUCCAAAAAGCGAUAUCAAUAAAUCCAACAAAUCGAGCAAUGCUAUGCACAUUAUCAAAUUUGGAACAACAACGUGGAAAAUCUGAAAAAGCGCUGAAAUUAAUCGAUAAAGCGCUGGAAUUGAAUCCGACUGAUUUGGCGUGUCGAUUUAAUCGAGCAAGAUUAUUAUAUGAAGCGAAAAGGAAUGAUGAAUGUUUGGUUGAAUUGAAUCGAUUGAAAGCUAGUUCGCCUGAUGAAGCGGUGGUUUUCCAUUUUGUUGGGUAAGGGAUUUUAGGGGAGAAAAUUUGGGUCAUUUUGAAUAUAAAUAUGAUAAGAUUCUGAAAAAUGUGAAUGUUUUGACCUAGAAUUGAUGAAAAUCAAUAAUUUUUCAAAAAUUUGGGUCAUUUUGAACCUAAACAUGAUAGAGGAUAUAAAAAAUUGAAAAUUGUCGAUUUUCAAGCCUGAAUUUGGCUGAAAUUCUGAGAUCAUUGAAAUUCAGAAUUUUUUAAACCUAAAUUUCAUACGAAAAUUGUGAAUUUGCAAUUUUUGAACCUAAAUUUGGCUGAAAUUCGAAUUUUCUCAGGAAAUUUGAUAAAAUUUGAAUUUAUCGAUUUUUUGAAUCUAAAUAUGAUAAAAUUGGAGAUUUGUAGAAAUAAUUGAAAAUUUUCAUGAAAAAUUCGAAAUUUCAUAAUUCCGGCAAAAAAAAAGAGAAAAUUCAGUUUUUCAAGCUUCCUAGUCAAUUUUGACCGAAAAAUUUGAUUUUCCAGCUUAGAAACCAUGCCGCAAAAUUGCAUAAAAUAUAAGCCACGCCUACUUUUUCAUAUUUAAAAUUAGUAGAAAAACUAUGCGGCAAAAUUGCAACAGGCUACGCCCCCUUUUCAACCUCUCCCAAAAAAUCAAUCAAUAUUCUAUAUCCCCUUCCAAAUUCCUCUAUUUUUGCAGCCCGUGUUCAUCGCCGUAUGGGAAGUUCUCAUUUAUCCCUACUAAACUAUAGUUGGGCAGCUGAAUUGGAUCCGCGAAGUGAUCAGAAUUUGGGUGGAGGAUCAAAUGGUGGUGGAAAUGGAAGUGGAACUGGUGGAUCAGGUGCUGCAACAUCUUCGGGAAUCGGAAAUUUUGGAGGAUUGAGUCGAGAUGAUGAAGAUGAUGAAGAAUAUGACGAUGAUGAUGAUGAUGGUCAAUAUAGCGCGUAG